CAACAUUUUUCUGAAUAUGUAAAUAACUACCAGCAAAAAAAACAAAACCAAUAGUACACCAUGGUAGCCCAUUAAAUUCCCCACAUUUUACUAUCAACACUAUUCGAAAAGUAUAUUAAAAACAUUAAAAAAAAAAAAGCUUCAAAAAACUCCCAAAAGACGCCAAACAAAGAUCAAGAUUCAAGAUUGUAAACUGGAGAGAGGUAUAUUGUCACCAACCCUUUUUAGCCUGUAUACAGAGGAGCUAGCAGCCAGGAUGAGAAGAGUGAAUGUAGGGGUAAGUGUGGGGAAUGAUAAAGUAUGUGUGCUUCUUUAUGCAGAUGACGUAGUUGUUAUGAGUGAAUCGGCAGAUGAGCUUCAAAGUCUGUUGGAUGUAGUGGAUGGCUAUGGUAAAGACUUUGGAGUAAGGUUUAGCAGUGAGAAAAGCAAAGUAAUGAUUGUGAAUAGGUCAGAGGAUGAAAGUAAUGUGGUAUGGAGACUUGGAGAGAAUGAGUUGAGACAGGUGCAAGAAUACAAGUACUUAGGGAUGUGGAUGAGUCCUAGUGGGUAUACAAAGGCAAAGAAUGAAAAGAUAAGUAUGCUAAACCAGUGGGUAGGUCGAUUGGGAAGCGCGGCAAGGAUGAUAGCAAGUAAGUAUGAUGUGUUGAGAGAAGUGUGGAAGAGUGUGGCUGUGCCAUGUAUAAUGUAUGGUAUGGAUGUGAUUGCAUGGAAUGAAAGUGAAAUUGAUAAGUUAGAAGUGGGCCAGAAUAGAGUAGCAAGGAUGGCACUGAGUGCACCGAGGUGCACAGCAGUUGAAGCCUUGAGAGGUGAUAUGGGAUGGAGCACCUUUAGGGAAAGACUGACAAAAGCCACACUUAGGUACAAGAUUAGGCUUGAGAGAAUGGAUGAUGCAAGAAUAGCAAGGAAGGUGUACCUGUGGAAUGAAAGUGGAAGCAAAUGGAGGAAGAGAUGCAUGAGAAUGACAGACAGGAAUGGAUUGCAAAUUGUGUGGGCGAUAAGAAUGCCUGGGAGGAAUCAAAAUGAGCGUGAAUGGGUGGUAACAAGAGGAGGCAGAGUGGGAGUCGAAUGGGAUGUGAGAAAAUGGAAGAAUGAGAUAGACAAAGAAGUGAAAUGUGUGGGACUGAAUGAAUGGAAGAAUGAGAUGGAAAGAAAGAAGACCCUGGAAUGGUACAAGGAGAAAGAGGCCCCGAGGUAUGAAAGGUGGUAUGAUGGAAGCCUGGGCGGUGAUCUUCUCUUCCGAGCGAGGGCACAGUGUAUGGAUGUGAAUGCAAGGAGUUACAGGUGGUCUGAGUCCCGCAGCAAAGUGUGCCAGAUGUGUGACAUGGGAGAGGAUGAGACGGUGGAACAUGUGGUGCUGGAGUGUGUGAAGUAUGCCAGAGACAGGAAUGAGAUGAUGCAAGUGAUACUGACUGAGUUAGGGCACGAUAGGAAUGAAAGAUUGGAGAACUCAGGAAAGGAGUGGAUGGCGUUGUUGCUGGGACUGUGUAGAGAGGCCAAUGAAAGGAUGAUUGAGGCGGUGAAAGAGUUUCUGGAGAGAAUGUGGCGUGCCAGAUGUAGGAACAGUUACUAUAGAUGUAGGAUAUAGCUGUUAUAUCUAUCGGAUACGGUACGAUAUGUUGGCCCUCCCGGCACCACUGUACGCUCUGCCGCUCUCGAGGCAGUCCAGGGAAUAAAGGUCUUAAGGAAGCACUGCGUCUUCCUUACACCCUACAUGGCGCAGUGAUUGGAGUAACCAUGGCUGGCCGGCCCCGCUUCCACACAACCACGUCAAGGGCUCCCAGGACACCUGGGGUCCCCAGCAGCCAUCUCGCCACCACACUGGAGAUGCAGCAGGCGCUGAUGGCCAUGCAACAAGCCCUCGCACGCCGGUCGCCUGCCUCCAGAGUCCCGACCUCUGCCACGCCGGAGAAGUGUGAGGCUGAGAUGUCCACAGCCUCGUUUCGUUCCUGGAGGAGGUCUGCCAAGUGCUGGGUUAGGCUGAACCAAUGGGGCGCGCCGGAGGCCGUGCUACACAUCCGCCUUCUCUGCACACCGGCCCUGCAACGCACGCUGGACACAAGGUACACCAUGCUGCAAUGGGAGGCCCUGUCGACGACCGAGGCACUGGACGCCAUCGAGAACCUGGUACUGAAGGGAACCAACCAGGCGGCCGUGUGGAGCACCUUCUUCAGUAGCCGUCAGGCGCCCGGUGAGUCAGUCUCGGACUUCUUCAGGCAGUGUUCCCAGACUGCCGCCGACUGCGGGUUUCAGUGCCCUUCGUGUGGUGAUGAUUUGGCGGAAUACAUGCUGCUGCGGAAGUUGAUGGGCGGCCUAAGCGAUCCGGUGAUGAAGAGAGAGGGUGGAACGCCAGGGGCCAGUCAGAACCCUUGAACCCCUUUCCCCGGGCUCUAGAGUGUGGGUGCAGAACCAGAUGACUAAGGUAUGGGACAGGAGUGGAGUGGUAGCUGAGGCACUCCCACACCGCCAAUAUACCGUCAGGUUGGAUGGUAGUGGCCGUCUGUCGCUCCGCAACCGUCGGCACCUGAGGGUGAAACGGGGGGCAACCCUCGCCAGCUCCGCACCGUCUCACGCGGGACCCACACCCGCAACCAGCCCCACCCCACAGCCCCGGCAGUCAACCCCAUCACGCCCACGGAGGACUUCUCGUCAUCCCCAGUGGUUAGCCGACUACGAGUCCUCUCCACCUUAAUUGUAAUUAUUGGUAUAAUCCCUUGUACAACCUGUUUUAUUUAUGCAAUGUUAUUAAGGAAUCUUAUGUUUCUCAGGUGGAAGCAUGCCAACUUAUGUUGCCUCAUGUAUAUCCUUCUUUCGGCUGUGUUUAUUCUAUAAUCCAUUAUGUAUUUCCGUUAAGCCCAUAUGCUAUUUACCAUAUGUUUAACUGGGGGGGAGAUGUAGGAUAUAGCUGUUAUAUCUAUCGCAUACGGUACGAUAUGUUGGCCCUCCCGGCACCACUGUACGCU